UCGUUCCUGUCGUCUCCGAAGCUCUUUCUGCCCCUCUUGGCCGCCGCAGGCGGAGCGUAUGUGGCAUUCUUCGGAUUUCCCCUGGACCUCGGGGAAGCGUGGGGGUUGAUCGCUUCUGCCGACCCCGUCCUUCUGGGCGCAGCCGUCUUGGUCCACUAUGCCUGCUACUUCCUCCGGGGAGCCCGCUGGCGGGUACUGAUGGGCGGCUCUCCUGUGCCCGUCCCGGGUUUCCUCUACUGCGGGCAGUUGGUGCUCCUUGGGUGGUUUGUGAACUCCGUAGGCUGGAUCAGGCUCGGCGAUCCCUUCCGGGCCCACCUGUGCCAGAGGGAAUGGGGAGCGUCCUUUUCCUGGGUGAUGGGUACCAUUGUUGCGGAGCGUCUUCUGGACGGGCUACUGGUAAGCUUGUUCCUGCUCUCGGCUGGGCUAUUGCUCCUUGUGUCCGGUCAGUGGGACGUGGGAGCAGGCGCGUUGGGAGCCUCGCUGAUCAUCCUCCUCGGGCUUGCCCUUGUGCUGCUGCUGGUCCCCCUGGUGAGGUGGCUGUUACAGCGUUUUAUGCCCUCCAGAGACUUUUCUGAUCUUCUCUUGUCCAUUCACCUGCGGUUCCGUUCCGGCUUUGCCGGCGGCAGCCGCCGUUUUCCAUUGACCGCCCUGCUUGGUGUGCUCGCAUGGUCCGCAGAGGUCAGUCGCCUGUAUUUGGUAUGCCAGGCCCUGGGGCUGGAAGUUGGGCUGUUCGCUGCGGCGGUGCUCUCCCUUGGGGGUUCGCUCCUGUCCCUCUUCCCAACGCCGGGCGGCAUCGGCGCGGUCGAGGCUGGGAUGGCAGGGUUGGCGGUGCGUAUAUCUUCCGUGACUCUCCCGGGGGCUGCUGCGAUGGUAUUGCUCGACCGGGCCAUCACCAUGCUCAGCGUGGUCCUCACCGGCCUGGUCCUGAUGAGUGUGCGUACGGUCUUCCCGAGGGUGUUCAAGCCCCGCUUACCAGAACCGGCCGUUGUCGCUGCCUGA